AGCUGGCAGGCGAGUCAGACGGCGGAGCCCGGCUGGUGCAGGGUGGGAGCGGCACGUAUAAGGUCGCAGCCUGGCUGCCCGGGGCACCAGCCUCUCUCCGGGACACCAUGCGGCUGCUCCUCGGGCUCCUGCUGGCUGCCGCCCUGAGCCUGGAGCUGGCCCAAGCCUUGAUGUGUCACCAGUGCAAGGACUUCGGAGGGUGCACCCGUGCAUUCAGAUGCUCACGGAACUCCAACUACUGCGUCACCAUCGCCACCCGGGUCCCCUUAAGCCUCAUCGACCUGCCUAUGGUGACCAAGUCGUGCCAGACCAGCUGCCCCGACAUCUCUACCCUGGGCCUCGGCCCCCACGUGUCCAUUGUCUGUUGCCAGUUCAGCCUCUGCAACCAGGACUGAGCGCCCCUCCACCCGCAGCUGCUGCCCCUGCUCAGAGCCCAUGCCGCGCCCUGGCCCCCAGGCAGACCCCGCUCCCCCCCGCAGCUGAGCUGGGGCACCGGGGCCGGGGGCGCUCCAGGAGCAUCCCGCCCGCGCAGGGGGGUCAGGGGACCCAAGGGUGGCACUGCGUGGGUCUGAGGAAGGGGGAGGGGCCCUUGGCAGGGGGCGGGGACUUUGGGGGAAGCAGGGGAGAGGAUGGGAGGGACAGGGCAGCCGGGUGAGAGGGUGAGGCUGGAAUCAGCCCCCACCACAGGUGCACACGCGCACACUAACCCACACCCCCAUGUGCACACACACCCAUACACACGCACGCACACAGACACACACACUGGCACACUUUUAAUCAUGGCUCCCACCAGCCUCGGGCCGCAAAGUGGAGCACGGUUCUCCUACCUCCCCCCGGGCUCACCGCCCGGCCCUUUCCCUGUUCCUACCCCGGCCACGUUCUCCCACGUUCUCGAGAAGACGUGGAAAAGCCGGUGCAGCGCGGCGACGGCGUCCUAGCAGAGCGAGCGACCCCACACGGAGGCGCAAGGAGGGCCCUCGGCACACGGGAGAGGCCCCUACGAGCCCCCAGGCGGGACUGACCGUGGCCACCACGGCGGUCACAGGCCGGAGGUGGGGAAGCUGACCCCGCGGGAGAAAACCACGCUGGCUCCCGGCCUCCGCUCCCCUCCUAUCGAGAGGCGGUCCCACUGAACCCGAGCUUUAAAUGUCAAAAGAGAGAUUGUUCACACGAUAGACGGCUCAGCAUAGAAAAUCAAGACGCGUUCUUCGAGCAGUUACACGCAGUCACAACAGGCCCCGCAACUCCAUCCCCGGGGCACACACCCGGAGAGAUGAACACUCACACGUUCACACCGUGCUCACGGCAGCGUCGUCACAAGAGCCAGACGGGGAAGCUGCGCCCAGCGUCUCAGCGGACGAGGGGACAGACAGACUGGACUCUCCAGGCACAGGGAUGUUUCCAGAGGCACCGCCAAGGCGGGGACGGGCCCCAGGGCGUCAGGCUGAGGGAAAGAGGCCGGAUGCAAAAGACCACCUCCUCUGUGAGUCCGUUUCCACAAAAUGCCCACAGCAGGCCAGCCCGCGAGUAGGCCAGGAGGCGGGUGGGUCCCUUUUUGAGGUGAGGAAAGUCUUACCCUGACGGGGGGCGGUUGCACAAAUCUGGGAGCACACCGAAAACGCUUGCGGUGGGUGAAUCGUGUGCCAUCAGAAGCACGUGCAUUAAAAGCUCUUACAAAUUAACAAGAGAAGGAGGAUUUCUGAAAUCGAAACAAGAUUGAAAAUCCAGACUGAGAAAGAGUCAUGAUUCCACACAAAUCUAAACAGAACGACACGAGGGGCUCCUGGGCGGCUCAGUCAGUCAAGCGUCCGACUUCAGCUCAGGUCACGAUCUCGCGGUUCAUGGGAUCCAGCUCCGCGUCGGGCUCUGUGCCGACGGCUCGGAGCCUGGAGCCCGCUCCGGAUUCUGUGUCUCCCUCUCUCUCUGCCCGUCCCCCGCUUGCCCUCUGUCUCUCUC